ACUCGACAUUCUACCUGGAGAGGCUGAGAGCCGGCUGCAGACUGGACGAGACGGGACCGGAGGCCGGCGCGGCGGCAGCACUCUGCCGCGGGUGAGCGGGCCGCAGUGCAGCGGCGGCCGUGGAGUCGAGAGCAACUCUGCAGGCCAGCUCCUCUGGGAACUGCCUCCACCUGGGCGUGGUCCUGGCACGGUUGUGUGAGAGCCGAGAGGUCAGCACGGUGCUGCGGCCUGCACCCGUCACCAUCAGCACCAACUAGCACCACCGGCAGCGAUUCAGCGGCAGCGUGCGAGCCGGGCCGUUGGCCUUGGCUGCGAAUGGGCCCGGGAAAAGUGCCGGUGCCGGUGGCCGGUCUGGCGAGUCGCCCGGCCGCGCGCGCUGGUCAGUGGUGAGCCGCCGUGGUCAACGGCCGUGCCGUCAUCAACACAGUGGUGAUCGGUUGGGCGUGAACGUUGCGCAGGGAGAUCGAGAAUUAUAUGUGGUGUCUGACAAGAAGCCCGUGAUUGACAUCGUGCGAAUUAGCGGUUAAGGAAAAUAUCUGGUCCCGUGUAUGCGUGUGCUUAAAAACAUAAAAUAGAAAGACUCAGAUGUCCAGUCAAGCAAUAGGUUGCAGCAAAGCGUGGCCUGCAACCCGUGACCUGUGACCCAUGAGCCGUGACCUGUGACCCGUGAUCCGUGAUUCGUCACAGUCCCAGCACCAGAACCAACAUCAUCAGCGCGCGGUGCUGACGAGCUAAUCUCCGCGAAUGUGCUGAUUCAGAGUGCUGAGCGGACCGAGAGAUGACCGGAUGUCAGGAUGUGCGCUCUGGCUUCCCUAGUGACGCCACCCAGAUCUGCUGCAAAUCGUAUCCUGCGAAAGCGUGAGGCCGGACGCGCUUACAGUGGCGAAACGUCAGCUGUGCCGGUUUUACCAGCGAGGUCGGCUGUGCCGGUCAGGUUUCCAACACCCGCCUUGUCAGUGUUGUGAGUUUUGUGAGAAAGCCAUCCGCGGCGUUUUGGGAGAGUUUUAGUCAGCAAAGUCUGUGUGUGAGACUACAUCCCUCGGUUCGAUCCCAGCGAGGUCACCAGCAGGUCACAGCCAGACCGCAGCCUAGUGGACACCCCACCCACUCAGGCCAUAUUAGCUGGAUCGCUCUGGGGAUCUAACCGUGCCUGGCUCUGCUCUGAAGCGGCUGCCAGUUCAGCCCGUCUGUGCGUGGGAGAACCGGAGUGCUGACCUGCCCGAGAAAGGGGACUGACCCGACCAGUGCGACCUGGUUACGCUGUGGAAAGGUCAACAGCUCCGAGAUGUCUGCAUCAGCCCGCCGUCGCCGCUGCUGCCGCUGUGUCACAGUCAUCACGGUGGCUGUGCUCCUCAGCGACCUCGGACAAGUCCAGUCAGGUUACGUGGGCUGCCGACCGCCGGGUACCGCCGCCCUUUCUCGGGUACUGUUCUCUGUACCCGCCUCUCCACCUCCUGCGCCUUCAGUACCUCCCUCGGUACCUUCCGUACCCGAGCCAGCGGCACAGACAGCCGAGCGACCGGGUGCCACUCACCUAUCGCCUGACCAUGCCGUCAACACCAGCGAAGCACUGGUGUUUCAGCCCGGUACAUGGGCGCGCUACUCCUGCGACCCGGGCUAUGUGAUGGUCGGGGAUUCGCUGCGGAUCUGUCUGGACACAGGACAGUGGACUGGAGAUAUCCCACGCUGCUAUCUGAAUGUGGCCGAGCACUCGAGUCUGGCGGCGGCACACAGUCCUCUGGUGGACGGGGACCUGGCCACCUCUGACGACCUGCUCGCCCUGUUCGAGGGGGGCAGGCCGCUCUUCAUCGACCUCUACUUCCCCUUCCCCCUGCUCGAACUGAGACUGCUCACCAUCUACAACCUAACAGGAAUGAGCAUCCAAGUUCGUCUCAGCGAGAACAACGUCUCGUGGAUUGGCUUCUCGAUGCAGCUGGAUGCACCUCAGCCGCCGCGACCCGAGGUCAGAGGUCUGGUCAUCCACACAAUAUCGCUGCAGAAUACCCUACUGAAGAACGGCGCCCGCUUCAUCAAGGUGUCUCUCUUCCACUCCAGCGGCGCCUACUUCAAGCGGGCGCCCUUCUCACCCGUCUGGCCGCUGCAUGAGCUGCAAAUUGUCGCCCAGAGCACAGGUCUGUCGCGACACCAGUGUCUGGACGACCUGGGUCGGUCGGACGUCGCCGUGACCUGGGCGGCGGGUGACCGAUGUUACCACCUGGUGAGCGAGCGGGCCACGCGCCAGCAGGCGGAAGACACGUGUCGUCGGCUCGGAGACGAAGGGACGCUGUUCCGAGACACAUCGACAGGUCUUCAUGCUAUGGUGGUAGAUAUUCUCAGGUACCGCCGGUUUCUGAAACUGGCCCGGACCUCUGACGUUUGGAGCGGCGGAGUGCGAGACCCUUCACCGGGGCAAGCGGAUCAGCCAGUACCGCCGGGCUCCUGCCUGGCCGUCCGCCGUCGAUUUGGCUGGAACACCGUCCAGGUGGCCUGUGAGGCUCGGUUCCGCUUCGUCUGCCAGCGAGCGCCACGACUCUGCGGCAGUCCUCCCCAGAAGCCGAACCUCAUCUACAACCGGGCACGGCCCACUAUCGACGGUGGAGUCAUCAACGUGACGUGUGUGGACGCCCACCUGACCACCGGUCACAUCCAGUGUCAUCAGCGCACCUGGACUCAGCCGAACUUCUGUGACCGUCGUCCGCGCCCAUCGCCCCCGUCUCCAAAGUCACAGCCAUGGCCCACUCCCUCCGUGCACACAGUUCCGGAAACGACUACCGACUCGGGAACAGCCGAGCCAAAGAAGAGCUCGGAUGAAUCAAUACCGGCCACCAGAAAAUACCUCGGCGCCAUCAUCGGCGGUGUGGUGGGAGGCACCAUCGUUCUGGCGGUCAUCGCCGUCCUUCUCAUCUGCAACUCUCGACACAAGGACGACAAGCUCACUCAUGAGCCGUACAACUUUAUGGAGUUUUGGGGCCUCGGUCGGAACCAGACCCACAAACAGGAGGAGGACGAUCACGUUUACAGCGAGGUCGGCGGCCCGGAGGCCAUUUACGAGGAGCCUCGGUUCGCGUCCGGCCCGGGCCGGCCGCGGCACCCGCCCUCUAUUCGACCACCGCCACUGCCGCAGGAGCGUGCCCCCACGAGCACCCUGGAAACCGUGGUCAGCCACGGCGACUCCGACUACGAGCUCUGUCCCACGCUGGACAGCAAGGCGACGGCCGCUGCCGUGGCGGCGGCAGCAGCUGCGAGGGCAGGAGAGAUGGCUUUCCACCGCACCAGUACCAUGGAAACGCUGGUGUGUGGAGAGGAUUUGCAACGAGAAACAGAGUACUCAGUGCCGUUCGCAGGGCCCGCCGGGCGUCUCUCUCGCGGGGGAGAAGUGAACUCGAGUUUCGCCAGGUCGUCGGUAGAUGGCGGGACAGUGCCACAGCGCGGCAGAGCGGUCUCGCUCGCCACCAGUGAAGGACCGUAUGCGUUACCGUACGACCCCCGAGCGGACGACGUCUCGGACGCUGAUAGCUCAGUGGAACAGCGACGGAGUGUGCCCGAUGUCGUCAGUUUGACGGCGAGAUACUCGGGAAGUGCAAGGUGAACGGUGCUGCCCUCUGGAGAAAGUGACACGAACAGUGCUGUCCUCUGGGGAAAGUGACACGAACGGUGCUACCCUCUGGAGAAUAGACACGACCGGUGUUGCCUUCUGAAGAAGUGACACGAAUAGUGCUGCCGCCUGCGCUGCGAAGUGUGGACAACGAGCAUCCCAGCGAUGCACCAGCCCCGUGCAGUGUGUUUUCUUAUCAUUGCUAACCCAUGAACUGUCUGGUGAUGACAUGAGCUUAUCAAACGUUUAAAUGUGCCAAUGUUGAGCGUGGAGUUUGCCUUGAUUGACGAUAUCGACGUCGUAUUCCCAGCGAGGAAUUACUUGCGACCAUAAGGCGACGACAUAGUUUUAGACAUACCUUCUGUCGCGUAGGCACGGACAUGGAGAGAAUGACUAGGAGAGGGUGCCAUUACGGCUCAACUAGUUCCCUGUAUUUAUGGGGAAGGACAUGUUGUUUGUGGGACUUAUUUAAAAAGCAAAAAUUCGCAAUUAUAAGUAGUCUAAUUUUAACGAAAUAUUUUGGGUACCGUUUCUAAGACAGCUGAUGUAUAACACCUAUCCAAUAUUUUCGGAAUCUCAUCUCAUCGUCUAGUCGCCCCUUAUUUAGGUUGUAAUUGGUAGGUAAUGGAUGUCAUCAAAAUGAAGCUAAGCUUAAUGAAUACCGGCUAAACCGAUAUUCGUACGCCAGACCACUCGCAAUGUCAGACAUUUUCGACGCAUGUGCUCUGUUCCAGUGAUCUGUGAUAUUUGUGUUUGAUUGAAUAAAUGAUCCACCCAAGAGA